CUUGUGUAAUGAAAAACCCGGAUAUAUAAUCUCUCCCUAUAUAUUCUGCAUGCAUUGAGGUAGCCUCAACCCCCCCAGGGACCUGGUACAGAUGUGGAGCCUGUUGCACACAACUGCUACUUGAAGGAAAAAAAGGAGCAAAUGAUACCAAGACAAGCUCAUAACAGAGAUCUAAUCACCAGAUGUGUACGGAUGAAAAUACAGUGAGAUGAGUCAGAAAACGACUAAGGAGGGCCCCAGACUCUCCAAGAACCAAAAGUUUUCAGAACACUUCAGCAUACGUUGCUGCCCACCAUUCACCUUCCUCAACUCGAAGCGUGAGAUCGUGGACCGGAAAUACAGCAUCUGUAAAAGUGGCUGCUUCUACCAGAAGAAAGAAGAGGACUUGAUCUGCUGUGCUUGCCAGAAGACCAGCUCCUGUCAGUAUCCCUUAAGCAGCAAAAGAGAGCCAUGGCUCCAGCCUCCAGCUUCUUUUGGCCCCCUCAGCCCCAGACGCCGUGCAACGUCCCCUCAGAGGCCCAAGCACCAGCCUGCUGCACCCCCCGCGGUGGUCAGAGCACCAGCCAAGCCACGGUCCCCUCCGAGGUCCGAGCGUCAACCACGCCCCCGCCCAGAGGUCCGACCACCACCAGCCAAGCAGCGCCCCCCUCAGAAGUCCAAGCAGCCGCCGCGCAGCAGCCCCCAGAGAGGGCCAGGCACCAGCCGUGGGGGGUCCCCCAUCAAAGCUUCUAGGUUCUGAUUGAAAAGGAAGACCAAGCCCACCCCACGGAAAAAGUGAGGGAGGAGUUUCAAGCGAAUGGACCACCUCAGGACCUGGACUCACUGCUUCUUAACUCACGUGCCCUUGGGCAAGUUAUCCAGCUUCAAAUAUGAUGCAGGGGCAGACACCUGCUGAUGUGGCAACUGCCAAUGCCCACAGUCCCCUUGGUGCAGGGGCAGCUGGGCAGCCUGCCUGGAGGUGAGAAGGGGCAUCUCUGUGUAUCAUACUCCAGUUGGUGGGUCCCAGCAGUGUCCCUUGGGCUCCAGAGCUCAGUGCAUGGCUUCUUUGGUCUCAGCAGCAGUCCUUUCUUUCCCAGAACAUGCACAGAACUCCAGGGUCUUUGGAUCAGGAUGGUCAGGUGCCAGUCCUUGUGUUGUCCUCCAAUUUCUGUUCCCCUCUGUCCUUGGCAUCCUGUUGCCUAGUUUGACAUUUGUUCCUUGACCUUCUUCUUUGUAACUAAUCCUCUAUCUGGUUCCUCUCUUUCCCUGUGCCAUUUGGUUUCCAUCUGACCUCCUUAAUCAGUUCCCUGUACUAGCACACAGUCAGAGGCACAGCUGGCUCUGGGGAAGAUCCAAGUUCUUUUGAGUAAGAUAUUAGGCUAGCAGAUGAACCAGAUAUGCAAGGAAAUUCCCAAGGAGGGUAGGAGUUGUCUAAAUCAGCCAAUGUGCUGUGUCAGAGCUGAGAGUAAAGUCAUAAAGAAGUAUCUCCUUCCCAUUCCCCAGGCCCCUCUCUCCAACCUCACACAGGGAUUUGUGAAUGUCUUCUUCUGGUAUCUGCCUGGGUGAGAGAAAAUACUCUAUAAGGCACGGCCUUUGAGCCUUAUCCAACCCAUCUGGACAGUUCCAACUCCAGAAUUAAUUGCUCCAAUUAGUUGUAACCUUGAGCAAUUUAUCUGGGCUUACUCAAUGCCUUACCCCUUGCCCCUCUCCUGAAGGCUCCUGGAGACAAGGCUGCUGAGAGGGGCCAUCUGUGAGCCAGAGAUGCUGCUCUCUCAUGCUCCCACCUCAGGACACAGGCAGGUGGCCCCAUGGCCCUUUCAUAGGACCAGAAGAGGUACUCAGAGAGUUGCUAUUUCCAGGCCAUAGUAGCCCAAAUUCCUGGGGAGAGCUGAGUCCUGGUCCCUCUAUGUUGUCCCUGGUUGGUGCCUCCACAUACUACAGAGGGAUCAGGCAAAAUAGGAGAGGAGCUUGGCCUUGGGGAGAGGAGAAUUAAGUGGGGGGUGGGGGUGGGGAAGAGGCAAGUUAGGGUAGAUACGCAGUCCAAGACUUCCCUCCCUGUGUAGGAGGUUAACCCAUGAUAUAUGCAGAUCUGAACCCAAUUACAGUGGAGUAUACGUUAGGAGUUUACCUCAUCUCUGAUUUGUUCUCACUAUCCAUAGCCAGACUCUUGGAAGGGCUUUAACCUUGAGUAUGGGCUCUCAGUCACGGGCAUAGGAACUAAUCCCCUGACUCUGCCCUCCUUAGACCACAUCACUACACAGAGCACAUCACUACACACACACAUAUUUGGUGGGGGUUGCCCCUGGGUUAAAUGGAGGACUCUCAGAUCAUCUUGCCCUCUUGUGGAUUGGUGUGUGUGUUUCUGUAUGUGUUGGGGAACUUGGCUUUGGGGGAACAGUUAUGGGAUCUCAUUUUCUCUCCCAGGCACAAAUCCUAGAGAGCUCCUCCAAGUUUCACUCAUUUCCAUCCCCCACCCCCCAGAGGACCCUGACCACUGAAACUCAUCACACGAGAAGACCACAUACUAAUAGACUCCCCUCAGGGGCCUGACCUUGACUUGGGAUUCCACUGUUUGCCCAGCAGCAGCCUUUCAGGAACCUCUCUUGGACCACUUUCCCUACUCAUCUCAGAGUUGGGGGAUGGAAGGAGAGGGUUUGGAGUGGGCCCAUUGCUCUUGAGGCUCUAGCAAGGUCCACUCCAGGAGCUACCUCAGGUUGUUGUAAGCCCAAGCUUGGCUGAUUUGUUUGUUGGCUUUAAAGUUGGACUGAAGGGUGAGAAAUAUAGGCAGUAGAUCCAAGUCCCACUCCUCCUCAACCCCUCCAACACUUUUCUACUUAAGAGGACACUGGAGGGGAGCUGUAGCCAUGCUCCAGCCCCAAAGGUACAAGGCUUAUUGCCCUGCCAGGUUUCAUCUACCCCAUUUGAGACUCAGAAGCCCUUUCCCUGCCCAGCAAGACAACACUUUCCUGUCUUCUUUUUGUUCUCUCCUUUUGUAUGUAUAAAUGAUAUGUUGUCAUAGCUACUCAGUGCUUGUGCUCAUUUGGGGCUCUGUUCUUGCUAUUCACUCUGCCUGUGAUGCUCUGGUCCAAGAUCUUUGCCCUGGUGACUUCAGCUCAAAUAUCAUCUCAGAGAUGUUUCCCUUGGAAACUCACUGUGGUUUCCAUAGUUACUCUCUAUCCCACCACUUUAGAUUUGUUAGCUGUGUUUGUCUUCACAGUGCUUAUCACCCUUGGGAAUUAUCUUGUUCAAUUAUUUACUUGUUUAUUGCUUGGAUCUCCUUCUGCUCCUAAUGUAACCUCAGUGAUCACCAACAUCUGUUUCUUGCUAUAUUUUCAAUUCCCAGCACUAGGAAGAACUCAAUAAACACUUGUUGACUGAA